CGCUUGAUAUGGAGGGGCGAAAAUCCAAGCCAGUGAAGAGAAACACCGAAUGUGUCCUCUCAUAACCUCUGAAAUCAGGGAUUUUCGAACUUUCGCAGUUGUGCGAGGCAAUAAAUUCGACGGAGCGACGAGUUCGCGCGACUUUUCCUCGAGUUCCACGCGAAGAUUUCCCGACGACUUUUCCGCGAGAUCCAGCGAGAGAGAGAGGUGGCUCUUAUUCUAAGCCUAAGCGUUUUUUUCUGCUAAAAAGAGAGUUUCGCGGGAGGAAGAGGAGCUGGAGGAGAAGGAGGGUAAAUUCGUUAUCAGCAACAGAUGCUGUUUGCGCGAGAGACCCGUCAACGAAAAAAUCGAGGGAGCGGGAGAAAUUCGCUUCUCAUUCUGCCCACGUGCUUUCCCGCGAAAAUUUACCCGAUUUUCCGGGAAAAUUGCAGGAUAGAUUAGAUACAGGAUCUCUGUCUAUCUAAUCGCGGUAACUACAAGUAGCUACGAGUCACAUCUAUAAAGUGUGGGUCAUGCCGACCACUUGCAGAGUAAUGUAAUGAAUAGCUGUGGGAACUCUAAUAUUAGCACGAGGCUACAUGGUUCCAAGUGUGCCAAGACUCAGGACGAGUCAACGAAUCAAGGAGGGGAAAUUGAGAAAGAAGAUAGUGGUGUGAUAAGUGUCUGCGAUAUAAAUGAUCUUAAUGUACCACGUAGCACCCUGGUUAUUUGCCAAAGAAACUCCAACUAUUCUUCGGAUCACGGCUUUACCAGGUUUAAGCCAAGACUCAGCGGUGCUCCAAGAAAUGAAUUUCGAAUGGCGCGUGGCGGCAGCUCUGCAGACCGUGCGGCCAGAGGUGGUGGGACACGCGGAAGGGCUUUCAAGAAGACUCUCAACGAGUCAAACUCAGAUUCCAGCUAUCACUCUGCAUCUAGACCCAAGUUUCAAGAAUCGUUGAAAAAUCAUGAGAAUGCACAGGGCAAAUACUAUGACGAUAAAAGAAUAAAUGAGGACUCGAGAAUUUCCAAACUCUUGCGACGAUUGUGUCGCGAAGAUGAUUACGAUCACUUUAUGGUGCUUUGCAAGCAGGUGCAGGAGGGUAUUCUUGCACCUGAAAAUCAACGAUACAUACGACGUAGUCUGGAGCCUAUUUGUGAAAACCUGUUGGAUGUUUUGCACUCUGGCUUUGAGCUGGAAGCGAAACAACAGGUUGCAAAAUGUUUGGGCCGAAUUGGAUAUGUGGUGGAACAAGAUUUUAAAAGAUAUAUGGACUGGACUUUUAGCAAAUAUUCAUUGGAACGUAAAGAUGAUAUAAAAUGCUUACUGAUAAAGUCGAUCAGCGAAACACUCAGGAUGGAUGCCGAGACAUCCAAAUUGAAAGAUUUCUCUGUGCCGCUGAUGUCCCAAUUACAAUCAAUAUUGGAGAACGUGGACAGGGCAGAUUUACUAGUAGCGACUGUCGAUGCUAUAUUACUCAUCAUAGACUCCUAUCCGGAGACAUUCACAAAUCACUUCCGCGACACCGUAGACAUACUCGUAGGCUGGCACAUCGAUUCCACGCAGCAAAAGUCCGUCGUCAUCUACGCGAGUCGAUGCUUGCAGAAGCUCCGCUCGUUCUGGAUCUCGGAUCUGCAGUUCACCCUGACGUUGCUGGGUCAGUUUCUGGAAGACAUGGAGGGCUACGACGAGGAAUUAAGCUCGCCCGAAUCUGGCCGUAUCUCGCCCGGCGACGAUGGAUCUCCGACCCCGAGGGAGUGCAUUCUGAGGAUCACGCCCCUGAUAUCCGUUUUCAACACAGUAACGAAGAGCAUAUCCGAACAUCUGAAUCCGAACCACGCGCCCAGCGUGCAGUGGUCCUUUCUGACGGACUGUCUCUCGAAGAUGCUGAAGACCGUCGUCAAGGCGAUCGAAUUGGAGGAAGAGACCGACAUCUGGUCCAAGGUCCUAUCCAACAACACGGAGAAUCUUCUGAAACGUAUAAAGAACGUCGGUUCGUCGCAGGAACACGUGGAGAUGCUUUCCAAGCACUUCAGCAAAGACGAGAUCACCGAGGAGAACCUCAUCAAAAUGAUGAAGUCGCUGGGUGUAAACGAAAGGAACGAUAAGAAGAAUUCGAAGAUAGCUUCCGAUAAGGGUGCCGCUCUGUCUAAGGAAAAGCGCCAGUUGCUGAUGAACUUGCUGCGAUCCGUGGAUCCGCAGAUCAAGCAGAUGGAUCUGUCCGAGGAGAAGGAGGAAUUGAUCAUAGUCGCGAAUGAGUGCGCUUUCCUGCUCCUCGGCUACCUUCAGAGUCGCAUCGCGAAGAACCACGAGCUUCUCUACAAGUUCAUCGAUCUUCAGUUGCAGCGGGUCAACAUCUUCUGGGACGACACCGUCAUCUCGAUGCUGAGUAUCAUAUCGAAAGUGAUCAAGGAAGUGUCCACGAAUUUGCCGUUGGAGCUGGUGCACAUGUUGCUAGGCAAGAAUUCGGCGUUGCUGAAGCUGAGAUUUCGAAAUUCCAUUCCGAUACAGAACGCUUGUCUGGGUGUCUAUCACAGCCUCCUCAGCUUAAAGAACAUCCCGUUGCUGCAGGAGUCUUAUCGCUACAUCUUAGCGGAUUUGGAGAUUGCUUACAGGUUUAUAAUGCCCGACAUGGAUAGCUUGGUUGCGGACAACCCGUUGAGCGAUUUGAAUUACAUGAAGAAGAACAUAGAGAUUGUAAUCACGUUCAUCCUGGUCGCGCUUUCAGAUAUAGCAAACGCUAGUAAUUCGAUCAUCGGAAUGUGGGCCCUGAAGCCCACCAUCCUCGAACUUCUCGCGGUCAAACUGAAACCAUACGACUCUGCAUUAUCCACAGCCAGCCCAUACUUGCAAUAUAGUAUUCUAUAUUUGCUCUACUCGCAUUGCUCCAGGUACAACCACUUUGUCCCGAGCUCCAGCUUGAUAACCGGCAGCACCACUUGUCGGCCAAUGGACAUGUUCCCUGGAACUUUGGAUGUACCUACCACAUCGCCCACCAGCGGCCACUUGUCCAUAAUUCUCAACCUGAUAGCCAAGACGUACAAUAAGAAGACGCCCGUACAAAUUUUGCUUCUCCUGUCCAAUUGGCUGCAGGAGAUUUGCGUGCAAUCCGAGAAAUACAUCGGGAUCUUGAGUAAGACUCAGGAGUGCCAGAGUAUCAUCGAGAGUUUAAUUAGUUGCGGCGCUACGACGAAUGACGAUAUCGCGAGCGCGGUGUGCAAUCUCCUGGAGAACCUGAUGACUGCGAAGAAGGUGGAGUGGAAGCUGGAGACUUACUCGAGUAUCGUGGAUCUAGCGACGUUGCACUUGACAUCAUGCAACGAAGCGAUCCGCGAGAAGUACGACUCGUUGCUGAUGUCCAUGCCCAUCAACAUCGUGAUACUGAAGUUGAAUAAAGAGUUCCUGUUUUCGGAUACUAAGAAAAUACGUGAAAUCGAAACCUAUUCGGCGGAAUCAUUGAUACUCGCCCAAAGAUUGCACAUGCGAGGUAACAAUAACGGGGAAUUGUUGGCGCAACACUUCAAAACGUACAUGGCGUACCUGCUGCAAGAACAUUAUCUCGAUACAACCGGUUUGGCGGAAAUAUUUACUCUAUGCUGGCCAGCUGUAUCGGAAAGUGAAACCGCGGCGAGGAUGUACGACUUGGCGCUGGCGAAUUGUUCAUUUCUAUUCUUCUGGAGCGGGUUCGAGGCGGCGCAGCACUGCGUGCUGAACAAGCUCCGGACAUUUCUGGGGAAGCCGCAGGAAACCUUCACGUCGAUCGAGAGCGCCCUGAAAGUCCUGGCUCGCGAGAUAUCGUACAACACAGACACGGUGCUGAUGCUGAAGAAGGAGAAGCAGAGCCUGGAUCGCGUGUUGCACGAGCACACGCGAGUACGGCUCUUUGUCGAGUUCCUGGAGCACCUGGAGAGGGUGAUUCACAACGCGGCCGACGGCUGCACGAUGGCGCUCCCGCCCUUGUCAAAGCCGGUCAGGACCUUCUUCCACACGAACAAGUCCACGUGCAAGGAGUGGCUGAAUCGCAUCAGGUUGGCUCUCUGCGUCGUCUCGCUGCACUCCGGUCUGGCGACGAGCGCGCUGCGAAAUGGCCAACGGCUGCUGGAGGACCUCAGCAACGCCGACAACACUCAGGGUAUCGAGUUUGAGAGGGCGACGUUGUGGACGGCCCAGGCGAUGGUCGCCUUGAACGAGCCGGAGGCUCUUCAGGGACUCUACAUGUACGCCAAGACGAAGGACAGGCAGUUUCCCUGGCUGAAGGCUGCGAUGGAAGAGGCAGCCGGACACUACGAGUCCGCGGUGCAGGCCUAUAAACAGAUCAUCAAGGAGUACACCCACGUUAAGGCGGACGACGACGAGAACGGCAGAACUGGGAGACUCGAGAGCGACAGUCAGGUGCUGGGCUUUUGCAUGCAGCGACUGUCCAAUUGCUACAAAGCGGUCACCGACUGGUCCGGAUUGGUAGACUGGAAGUCACAGGAGAACGACAUUCUGACGCAGGAAGGGAACGCCGUUUUGCGAAAGCAGAUCACCGAGAGCAUCGCGCCGCAGCAGGCGGAUUGCCUGAAAAAGUUCGAGGAGGGCGAAUUGAUCUGUCUGGACGAGCUGACGAAUUGGAACCUUCUGGACGGCGAGAGGAAGAACAACUGGAGCCGCGCGAAGGUGCUGAGCGAGUCCGACAACAAUCUGAUGAACGUCGCAUUGAGGAUUCACAGCAACGAGUUCAAGGACACGUUCGACAGCGUCAUCGAGAGCUGCGAGAAGGUCGCGGCCAAGACGAUGCAGGACAGUCUGCGAAAUGUACCCUCGGAGUACCUCAGCGACGCCAUACUGCUUCAGUAUUCGGCGACGGGGCUGAAGAACCUCCUGUCCGGGAAAAACGACAAGAACGUCUUCGAGCUGUACAAGGUCGACAAGAUUAGUCACAUCAACUCCAGCAUUUUGACGCGAGUCCUCUGGUGGUCCAAGUACUUCGACCAAUCGUGCUCCGACGACAGCUCCGCGGAGGUGGACAGUCUACGAUUACACGUCAUCAGGACGGCCAGGAAGGAGGGCAACUUUAACUUAGCAAAGCGGGAGAUGGUCAAGUACUUCAAAUUGGAGCGGGAUUUGAUUCAACUGAACAACUCGGCCGCCGCUUGCACUUUUACCGACAUCACCAACAGCAUGCUGAACGGACCCGUGCACGUAAAGUGGACGAAGAACAGCAUGCGCGCGUUCAGAGAGUUCUCCAAGCUGCUGUACGACAUGGAGAACACGAACGAGGCCCUGAAGAUCUGCUGCGUGACCUCUCUGGGGAUCUCCCAGGCGAUUGUCAGCGGGGAACGAUCCGCCGAUCUGCGGGAGAUGGGGACCAAGCUCUUACUCACCCUGGGCAAGUGGAUACAGCAAGACGUGAGCGUGAAGGAUAAUCCCCAGCUGGAGGAGCUGCUCCGAUUCGAGGCCGUGCACAACGACGGACUGAUGGAUAAGCUCUUCGGCGACACGAUCGACCUGAUCCCGACCUCGGACAUGAUAAUCGGCAAACUGAUGCAGCUCGGGGUGAACCAGUGCCCGGAUCUGCCGCACGCCUGGUCCAACUUCGCCGCCUGGUGCUACAAAUGGGGUCGCAAGAUCGUGGACAACUCCAACUCCGGCCAGCUGACGGACACCGACCGGUUCAAUAUACAGUCCCUGCUGCCGAGGGACAUCGCCGAGGCCGAGCUCAGCACCGUCUUCUGCAUACUCAGCCAGAACAAGACCAUACCCGAGGACGAGGGCGACAUCGACACAAACGACGUCAACACGUCCGACAUGAUCGAGAACCAGCUGAGGAACGUGCCGGUGCUAAACCACCCCGGGAACGAGCACCUGCUCGGUAUGCUCGUCGACAUCUGGCGGCAGGCGCAGAAGAGGAUCUACUCGUAUUACGAGCUUUCGGCAAACGCGUACUUCAAGUACCUGCAACUGGCCGAUAACGAGAGCAACGAGUGCGACACCAUCACGGCGACCUUGCGGCUGCUGCGGCUCGUGGUGAAGCACGCCCUGGAGCUGCAGAACGUCCUGGAGGCCGGUCUCUCGACCACCCCGACCGCGCCCUGGAAGGAGAUCAUACCGCAGCUGUUCUCUAGGCUCAGCCACCCGGAGGCGUACGUGAGGACCCAGGUGUCCGAGUUGUUGUGCCGCGUCGCCGAGAACUCGCCGCACUUGAUUACAUUCCCGGCGGUGGUGGGCGCCGUUUCCGGCCAGAAGGCAUACGACAAGGUCGUCUACGAGAAACCCAACGAGAACGACAGCUCGCAGAACGAGUUCGAGUCGAAUACCGCUGAAGAAGACGAGGUGGUCGACGAGCACGAGAGUUUCAUGGAUUCCUGCUUCUCGCAAUUAGUCGAUUGCCUCUCGAGUCGCAUCCAAGACUCGGUGGUCCAGGUGAAGGUACUGGUGAAAGAGCUCAGACGCAUCACCUUGCUGUGGGACGAAUUAUGGCUGGCGACCUUGUGCCAGCAUCACACAGAAAUCACGAAGAGAUUCGAGCAGCUGGAGCUCGAGAUUCAGCGGGUCCAGAACAACGCCUGGCUCGCUCCUGAGGAGAAGGACAAACUGAUCGCGGAGAAGCACAGGAUUAUUCUCAAGCCGAUCACAUUCAUCCUGGAGAACCUUCUCGCUAUGACGUCGGUGUCCGCCGAGACGCCGCACGAGAGGAACUUCCAGGAGAAGUUCGGCGCCUCCAUAGAGGAGGUGAUAAACCGACUGAACAACCCCAAGAACCCGGCAAAGCCGCAGCUCGCCAGUCUGGCUCUGAAGCACCUGGAGACCAAGUUGGCGCAACGCGUUCACCGAAGGGCCGCCUAUUCCCUGUCGAUGACGGACAUUAGUCCGAUCCUGGCGAACUUGAAGAACACGCGCAUCGCCAUGCCGGGUGUAGCCGCCGUCGACAAUAGGAUCGUGACGAUCAUGUCAGUGGACAACAACGUUCAGAUUCUGCCGACCAAGACGAAACCGAAGAAGCUGAUAUUCCAUGGCUCCGACGGCCACGUUUACACGUAUCUAUUCAAGGGAUUGGAGGAUUUGCACCUGGACGAGAGAAUAAUGCAGUUCCUGAGCAUAUGCAAUACCAUGAUGUCGAAGAACAGCGGGACCAAGGUUUACAGGGCGCGACAUUACUCGGUGAUCCCGCUGGGACUCAGAUCCGGUCUCAUUCAGUGGGUGGAUGGCGUCACGCCGUUGUUCAUUCUCUACAAACGGUGGCAGCAGCGCGAAUGCGCGAUGAUCAGCAAAACCGGCGGCGGAAACUCGACGAUCAUGCGCCCUUCAGAACUGUUCUACAACAAGUUGACGCCGUUGCUGAAGGAGUGCGGAAUCAGCUUGGAGAACCGGAAGGAGUGGCCCACUCACGUGUUGAAGAAGGUGCUGGAGGACCUCAUGAAGGAGACCCCCAAGGAUCUGUUGGCCAAGGAAAUCUGGUGCAACAGCAUCAAUGCCGGAAGCUGGUGGCAGGCGACCAAGAAUUAUUCGAAUUCCGUUGCGGUGAUGUCCAUCAUCGGCUACAUUAUAGGUCUAGGUGACAGACACCUGGACAACGUUCUCGUCGACCUCAAUACCGGCGAAGUUGUGCACAUCGAUUACAACGUCUGCUUCGAGAAGGGAAAAACCCUACGUGUCCCAGAGAAGGUGCCGUUCCGCAUGACCCCGAACAUCAAAACGGCUCUGGGAGUAACCGGCGUCGAGGGUAUAUUUAGGUUUGCCUGCGAGCAUACUUUGAGAGUGAUGCGCAGAGGCCGCGAGACGCUCCUGACCUUGCUGGAGGCCUUCGUCUACGAUCCUCUGGUAGAUUGGCGGGCUGGCGCAGACACGAGUAUAGCCAGUUACGGCGCCUGCCAGGCAAGGGCAAGGUGCACCGGUGUUGGAAGGAAACAACUUGAACAAGAACUCACGCGUGCCAUGUUUGCCGUGAGAGCGGCAGAAAUGCGUGUCGAAUGGCAGACUAAUCGAGACGAAUUGGCCAAAAUCUUGCCACUGCUGUGUCAUCACUUGAACUGCUGGAUGGAGACGACGGAAGCGUCACGUCAGUGCCAGGAUUUGCUGCAGGAUCGGCAUCAGCAACUCGCAUUGGUGAAGGAAGCGCAGGCGAUGGGUCGGAAUCACGCCUUGUACUCGGUCGUGAAUCGUUACAACUCGUUCAAGCGAGCACGGGACGCUCAUGAAAAGGCGAAGGCCGGCUUAAAAGAUAAGAUAGAGGAGUGCGAAAAGCAGAUCAAUAUGCAUAAUAUCGCGUUGGCUGCGGUGCGAGGACCCCAAUUGGGACAGUGGCUGGCGGGAUUGGGAACCUCGACGAGUCAAGAGGACCACGUGGUGUUCGAUCUCGUGAAAGAGUUCCUGCAGAACGCCGGACAGAGUCAAAUGAUACUGCAAUGCGAGCAAUCGGAGAACGAAUUGACACAGCUGGCCACCCAGCAGUCCAUUUUCAUACGCACCUGUCUAGACUUGUUGAGCCAGUAUUCCGCCAUCUGCAGCCUGUAUCCUCUCAGCACUCUGUCGCAGCAUCGUACCGUACUCUACCACGCCUGGGCCAACAAGCUAUUGACCUCUGGCACCGUGGAAGCGUGUCAUGAGAUCAUGACGCAGUUCGAGGCGAAUCUAAAUCCGAUCAAUCCGAACAACCCGCAGGUUCAGCAGAUAAUAACCUUCUCGUAUCAGAUGCAAGCGAUCCUGAACGAGUCGAACGAGAGGCUGAAGAAGGCUUACGAGAGAAUAGUGUCCGAAGGCUUGCCGGAGGCCGGCAACAGGAUCGAGAAGGCAUACGUCGAGUCGAAGGCACAGAUCGUGGGCUUCCUGCGACGCGAGAAGGGCGCGGAGAGAGCACUCGAGUGCGUGAACAUCACCGCGCUGUGCGCCUUGAACAAACGAUACCUGAUGAUGGAAGGCGCGGCCAAAUGCGCCGGAGAUUGUCUGGUGGAUCUCACAUCUCGCGAGGGCGACUGGUUUCUGGACGAGAUGCGUUUGAUGUCGUCGCUGAUCGCCGAACUAAUCACCCUGAUACCGGAGAACCACAAGACUAACAACGACCCUAAGAUCUCGCUGAUACUGAAGUGCCUGAAGAGCGCCGAUUGCAUCUACAAGGGCUUGCAAGAGCUCAAUUACAAUUUUCAGACCAUCAUACUACCGGAAGCGAUGAAGACGAUCAUCACGGAGGAGCCGAGUGUCACGCGAAUGAUAGGCGAGCUCAGCGAAAUCAUAAUAACGACCGGGACAUCUCUCGGUGACAUUCUGGGGCAGCUCGAGAUGCAUCUACGAUUCACCGUGAUGGAGAUGGAGAGUCCGCACGCGAUGAUACAGGGUAUAGUGGCUAAUAUGAGAUUGCGAUUCGAGGCGUUGCUCUCGCGACCGGCCGAGGUUCAGGACCUGAAUCAGGAGGAGACCUUGACUCCGGGUCAAAUGCUGCUAAUGGGUUUUAACGGGCUGUUUGAGAAACUACAGAUGGAGGGUAACGCCUUGGUGACCACUUUGAGCUCGCUGGACAUACCGUUGAAUUGGAAGAAGAUCGAUCAGAUACGCGAGGCUAAAGAGAUGUCGGCGCCGAUCUUCAACAAGGCAGCUAGACAAGUUCUGGAAGACAUAUUCUUAAUUAAAAGAUUGCACACGAUACAGGAGUUCUUCAUGAUGUGCCGAGAUAUCGCUACCGCGUUCAAGGGCGGACUAGCGAACGUAUACGACGACGAACGACUUAAUAAACCUGUCCGGAUGUUCACGGCCGACUACGUUUCGAGACAGUUGCUCGGGGUCACAUCGCAAACAUUGGCGAUCGUCUUGUGUUUCCUACUACAACGCAUGGGCCUGAACGUAACCACCGAGAUCGAGCAACGGGAUAUCGGAGCGGAGAGCAAGGUCUCGCUGGAGGAGCUGUGCCGGAAGAUGGUGGAUCUGUGCCUGAAGAAGGGAUUGUUCUCGGGCUCGAGCUUGGCACAAGCCGGCGCACUGAGCAGCACCUUGGAAAGCGCUUGGCGGCGCAAACAAGGCGCAAGAUUGGCUCAGCAAAGCGUCGAAGUAGCUAGAGCCAGCUUGCAAAGGCUUCAGCUUCAGCUGAUGACCCAUCACUGGCUGCAUGAAGAUGUCAUGAUGCUGAGAUCCAACAUAAAUCCAAUGAAUCCUUUAAAUCGAUCCACCUUCAUGCUGGAGCUGCGAAAAACCGCGACGGCGCUAUCGAACCUGCAGUCGCGAGUGUGCGAGGCUCGAGAGCAGCAGCAGAACCUCGUCUCGAGCGCGGUGCAACGUCUCAAGUGGGCGGCCGGCGCGAAUCCGGCAUUGGGGGAGGUGAUGUCCGCGUUCGACAACGCGGUGUUAUCGUCGUGCGAGAAACUGACCAGACAGCACAAUCUAGCGGCGAUGGUGGUGAACACGUGCAAUUCCAUCCUGCACUAUGAGGCCCUGAGGACCAGAACGUCGGAGAGCAUGACGCACGACUCCAAUUUGGUAAAGCUGAUCAAACAUUGGGAGGAGAGCUGCGUGCUGACGGCCAACCUGAACAUCACCGUCACCAUGAUAGAGGAGAGCCUCGUACAGCUGUUGCAGCUGGAGAAUAACGUGGACACCGCGUGGCUGAAGCAAGCCGAGAAGAUCGUGUCCGAAGCGAUAGUCGAUACCCAAAAGAAGCUACAGGAGAAGCAAGAAGCUCUCUUCGCCGCCGAGAAUUAUUUGAGGGAGCGAGUGAAGAAUUUACAGAGCGUGCUCGCCGAGCAUCAUCGACUCAUGUCGGACGUCAGGGUGUUGUUGAAGACGAUGGUGAAACAGGAGAACAUUGACGGUCUGCAGGAUUUCUUGGCCGCCUAUCGUUCUUUCACAGAGAGCGUGUCAACAAUUGUGAAGGAACUAGAGUCCAAUAAUUUUGAUUCGACUCGCGGCUUGGCGAUCAAGGGAGAUUUAGAGGCGAUGGCGAUCAAAGCACCCGGUUUGUACAAUCAACUGCUGGAGUUUGCGAGCGAGCACAAGUUAAAUCCGGCCAAGGGCGCAGAAAAGCCGGACGGUCUGAAGAAGAAGGGUAAUCGACUGAUACGACAAGAGAGCGUAUGCCUGAGUCCGAGGAAAGGAACACCAUUAGCCAGAGAUCCGACUACAGGCAAAGCCGUACAAGAGCGGAACGCCUACGCGCUGAACGUGUGGCGCCGCGUGCGCAUGAAGCUGGAGGGUCGCGACCCGCAACCGAACCGCAAGUACACCACGGCCGAACAGGUGGAAUACGUGAUACGCGAAGCAUCGAGCAACGACAACCUGGCCUUGCUGUACGAAGGCUGGACACCGUGGGUCUGAACGAACGACGGUUGGCGCUCGCGCGUCCCGAUGGCUCGAUACUCGUCUUACACGACGGUACUCAAGCUCGUACCGUCGUAUCUAUGUCGUCCUACAUUGCCGUAGGAGGCAAAACAUCAACCACACUCCGCUCUCGAAACCGGAUAAAUGGCGGAGUGUCAUCCAAGGAAACAAGUCAACUCAAGAAACAAGUCGGUUUUUCCAAGGAUAUCUCAAUAUCUCUCCGACGCGACAACUGAAAAUCCACUGUACUGAAUGCUGAUUCUAUAGUUGUCUCAAAAACCGUGGCGGGAAAUCUAUUAUAUUAUUAGGGUCUAACGAGUGUCUCUUCUUUCUUCAUUAAAAAAAUUUUUUUUUUGUUUCGUCUUGUGAGGAAGAUUAUAUGUAUGGUAUAUUAAAAUUUGGGCACAUAAAUGGUAGCGUAGACAAGUCUUAUUCUUUUGGGAACCACGAGAAGUUUUGGGGGAGGCGUAGAAUCGGCAUCCUCGUAAUUCUUACGCUAACAGUGUAGUCGCGAGAAGUUUGGCUGACGAUAUAUUGACGGGAAGUCCGAUGAUAAUGAUGAAAGUCUCGAUCGUAGCGACGAUCCCAGCUUACCUACCAACUAAGUAUUACAUGCAAGACAAUUGCGUAAUGUCAUAGAUGGUACAUCGAAGGGAUUUUGAAAGCGUCUGGCAUUUCAGUUGAGUCAUCUGAUCGGUUUUUCGCAACCGAUGCAACGCUUAUAAUUAUGAUUUUAGAUGCAUAUACACGCAGUAUGUAUACAGACAUAUUUGAUCAUGCAGCAUUAUUUUUUAACGAUUGAAACCAAAUCAAAAGACAAAAUUAAGUAAAAGUAUCCGCGAUUUAACUUCGAAAAUUAGUCUGUUAUUGUUAAUAAGUUCAAAAUCAGCGCAUAUAAAAUAUGUACACACACAAACAUACAGAUAUACACACACAACACACAUACAUACAUGAAUAAAUAUAUACAUAUAUAUGCGCGUGCAAAUAUAAGUAUUUGGAAAAUCGAACUAAAAUGAUUUCCGCGCGCAUAAUUUUGCAAAGUUUAUCACGUCGACUCGGUUUGUGAGUUUUUUGAUGUUAUUAGUAUCGGACGAUCCGGGCAAAAAAAAAAGAACAAAAUUCAUUAGCUUCGUAGCCAACAUCGCUGCUCUCUGGCGUUGCACAUUUCCGAGUCAUAUGUUUUAACUGCUUAAAUAAUGCUGUCGUAAAUAAAGAUUUUCACAUAUA